AGCAACAACAGCCCUGGCAAAGUGCAGAGAGGAGGGAAAACGUGGAGUUAAGGUAACAGUAGUAAGAGUUGGUGAGUAUAAAGUGGGAGAGAGUAAGGUGCGUUAAAGGUGACCGAGGAGGCUACAGUACGGUUAUGGCACUGGCAGUGGCGUUGACAAUUCGAUGUGACACAGUGAGGCAGACGAAGCGGUCGCGGUAGCAGUAGGAAAAACGCAUAAUAGUGAUAUCAAAGUAUAAGUAUAAAUAUGUAUGUGUGAGUAUUUAUUAGCUAAAAUAAAACGGAAAACUUAAAAAUCUAAACAAAGCAAAAACAAACGUGCGCUUAUUUGUAUAACAACAACAAUGAGUUAGAUUGUCAGUCAGAAAGUCAGUUGGUAAGGCAGUUAGUCAGUGGCAAAGUGAGCAAGCAAUCAAUCGUCCAACCGUCGGUAGCAGCAACAGCAACGGAAAACAGCAACUCUAAGUGCGGCCACGACAAGCUGAACACACAGCUAGAGCAACAACAACGAUAUCAACAGCAGCAGCACCACCACCACCACCACGCCGAGUGGAGCAAGCACAACGAGAAGUGGCCAGCAGUAUAACGCGACCGCAGCCGCGACGACAGCGACGGAGACGGAGACGACGGAGCAUGCCACACACAGUUUAAAUAUGUGAAAUUAGUACAAAUCGUGAUUUCAACGGUGAACGACGAAUGUACGGCGGGCUGCACAUAGCACAACACGUUGUUGCGGAACGGACGCGCAGGCAACACACAACAGAGAAACAACAAUACCAAAAGCAAGCGAGCAAGUCAGCUAUCAGGCGAGUAAGCAAACAAACAAGCAAAAAGGCAGGCAAGCAAGCAGCCGAGCGUACGAGCCAGUAACCACAAGCGGUGGAGGAAAAACAGCAACAACAACAACAACACAAGCAAGUAUAUCAGCAACAAUAAUAAUAAGAACAAAAGUAGAAGUGUAGCCAACACGAAAGCUAAGUAGAAGCCAGAGGAAUACAAAUAACAACAAAACAAGCAUUGCUCCGCGCCACAGUAGAAAAAACUGCAAACACCUCCAAAAGCGCCAGUGUGCCAGUGCAUGCCAGGCAAGCAGAUAUUCGGACAAUAAAAACAAGAGUGAAAAUACAGCUGACGGCUGCACGACACGACGUACGAGCCCAACAUCACACACACACGUCAUAAACAACACACGAGCGUACAGGCUAAUCGAACGACGAGGCUGACGCGAGGCGAGUUGGAUUGAUAGGCAAAGAGGAAAGAGAGACCGACGUCAUUCAGAAUAAGGCGAAGGCAACUCCACCGCCACGAAGGUUACUCGAUAGCGCUGCUAGACGCAGGUUAACGCAGCAGCAACACGGCCACGCAGGACGCAGUGCUAACGUCCCCCAUUCCUACCCCCAAUCCCGAACUCCCACAGGCACAGCACCAUCCCACCGCUCUUAACGGGAAAGCAGUAGUAGUAACAAUUAACAGGCAAUCGUCCGUCCCUUACCCGUUUAUAGCUUCAACGAAUCGCCCUCUGCGACGACGCCAAACGCGGCAGCAGCAAGAGAACGCGUUACCAAAAAAAUUGCAGGCAUCAGCGGAAAAAGAUAAGCACAGCUACGGCAACACCAAUUACACCACCACCACAACCACAACUAACAGCAACAACGUAGGUACCACUAUAAGCAACGGUAGUACGAAUAACAGUACAACACGUGAAGGAGACAAUAAGCGUCCCUUUGCUGCUGUAGCAGUCGUUAGUGUGGUAUCAGCGCUGGCGAAAACGAAAAGACAACGCGGUAGAAGGCGGCACGCAGCGGCUACGCGCAAAGUACUCGCUUAUAACUUUGGCAAAAAGAAAACAGGCAGUGUUUUGGGAAAAAUUGCCACCUGUUGCGCCGAUAAAAAUACCGUAAGUAAUAUGACUCAGAAAUCAUUGACGACGUCGCCCGCAACGGAGCCGGAGACAUUAACGGAACGGGUCAGAGACCCUAAGGUCGAAGGUGAUAAAGAGGCGACGACGACGACCGAUUCGGCUGUGUGCCCGCUAGAACCAGAAAAAGCCAACAACAUUCCCCCGCCACAGCUUCGCCGCCGUCGCAAAGCGCGCCUUACAUACAAGCGGGCGCCACCGACACCAUCGCCGUCCUCCAUGUCCUUGUCGGUGGCGCUGCCUGCGCUGCAUGCAGCUGCCUUAGCGACAGGUGGGGGGGCGGCGACCAACGGUAGCAGUGGUGGUGGCACAUCUGCACUCUCUCCCACUUUCGGCGUGGGCGGGGAAUCGCUGCCUAGCCCUACAAGUGAUCGCGUUGAAUGGUCACGUUCCACCAUACUUGAUUUCAUCGAAGAUUACCGCAUGCAUCGCGUACUAUGGGAUCCGAACACAAAAGGUUACCACAUCAAGCAAACUAAGUAUGAGGCACUGAAACUGUUAGGCAGCAAAUAUGGCACAGAGAUACGCUCGAUACGCAGUAAAAUUAAAAGCUUACGCUCAUCAUUUCAUCGCGAACAUGGCAAGGUGAUGAUCGGCAGGCAAAAAGGUGUCCACUACCAGCCCAUGUGGUUUGCAUACGACGCCAUACGUUUCAUACUUGACGGUGAAGGCGGCAACGGGGGCGUCGGUGGUGGCACUGUAGCAGCAGUGCGCGGCCAACACGCGCAAGCAACAGCAGGCGGCGCGGAGGGAGAGGCUGACGAAGUGGAAGAGAAACUCACAUUGUUACGCGAUGAUAGCGUGGAUGGUGGUGGUGGUGGUGAUGAUGGCGGUGACGGUGUUGGGGAGAGCGGCGAGCUAGAUGAUAAAUACGCAGCCGCUGUGCGCGCCAUACAAGCAGCGGCACUCGCUGGUGCGCGAGAGAGCGUCGCCGGUGGCGCAGUAACGACUGGAGCAAACGGUGCGGCGGUGGCGGGAACCACAGUUGACGAGCUGAAAGUCGAACCACAAGCCACAAGUGUGACGACAGCCUCAGCAAUAGUAAGCGCUGCAAAAACAGCAGCAGCAACGGGUGCGGGCCCACUACCAUCACAACUGCCAACUACGGUUGUAUAUGGCAUGAAACCAGCCGCUGCGGCGGCAAUAGUCGCCAAUAGUAAGCUAUUUAAUGCAGCGUGUGUAGCACCAGUUACAACGACAACUACAACAAAUGUAACCACAACAGCGACCGAAUCGCUGCCCACUAUGUCGGCCACUACACAUAGCGCAGUAUCAACGGCGGCGACGACAACAACAACAACUACGGCUACAUUAUUGCCACAUUGCGGCACCAGUAAUGGCAACAUGCAUGCCAACAGCAAUAAUGGCAGUGGCAGUAAUAUGAACGUCAACAAUGCAAUGGCCAUGAUGACAAUGACGACGCCAGCGUUGACAAUUAUCGGCAGCGCUGGACUGGCAAUGGGCCUUGGUGGACUGGCGACAAUGACAACAGCAGGCGGCGCAGGUAGUCUUGGCGGUUGUGGCGUAGGUGUGCUUGGUAAUGGCGCAACAGUUGGUGGCACAACAAUGUCCCAUGCAUUCGGCUCUACCACACCACUCCACCAGACCGUCGCCACUGCCGAUGGUGACGAUUCGACGGCCGCAAGCAAUAGUUUGGUGGCGCGUGUAGCCGCAGCUGUAGCGGCAGCAGCAGCCGCUAAUGCCGCCGCCGUAGCCAAUGCAAAUCGGAAUGUCGCUGGGACUAUUGACGAACAGCAAAAGCAACAACAACUAACUGCGGCGCGGUCCACAGCAGCAGCGGGCGCGGCAGGUAUCCACGGAGCUGGCGCUGCCAACUCUGUCACAGCCACUGCCGCCGAUUACGAUGCCGAUAUACAAAGCUUUUGUUGCAACAUCAGCGCAGACGAUGUGAAAACUGAAAUUAUCGAAGGUGACACUGGUGAACUAGUCAUGCUCGAACAACAACAACAACAACUACAACAGCAGCAGCAACAACACCAUCAGCAGCAACACCCACGUCCGUGCAGCGUCACUCCACUUACAGCCUCAGCAGUGAACUACUACAAACUGCCACCAAUGGCUGAAUUGCCAAUGUCUUCCAGUGUAGGUGGACGCAAACGUAAACUGCUUGGCCUGCACGUUGAUACUGCCUCGCCAUCCAAGCAGCCCGUACUGGGGCUACAACAACACUUACAGCAACACCUACAAUUGCAACAGCAACAGCAACACCAGCACCAACAACAGCAGCACACGCAGACGCAACAUUCCAACGCACAAGCGAGCUCCAAGUCGCGCGAGCGUGAGCUGAUGUCCGCUGGGGUUGGCGGCGCGCUAGCUUUCGCCGCCGCAGGCAAUAAUCAUAGUCAAAAUAGCAACAACAACAACGGCAAUAAUCUUAACAGUAAUGGCAGCAACAGCAAUUUGCACAAUCAAAGUUCCAAUCAAAAUCCAAAAGCUAACACCAACAAUCAAAGCAAUGCUGGCAGCAGCAGCAGCAACAACAACAACACACAAACCCCGAACGAUGAGUAUGGUGUUUUCGGCGAAUACGUAGCCAUCACCAUACGCAAGCUGAAGACCCCGAAGGCAAAGAUUGUCAUAAAGCAUCUCAUCAACAAUCUGUUGUAUGAGGCUGAACUGGGCAAGUACGACCACGGCAUGCCAUCGUCCAAAGAACCACCGCAAUUGUAUAAGAUGUGAUGCAAGGACGCCAGGUUGAACGCGACGACGCCGUUGCCCCGCACAGUUGUUCCGCCAUGGUUCAACUCAUCUAACACAACUGCUUUCGCAAUUGACUGCAAUAAAGUAAAGGUGGAAACAGUUGGCGCCAAUGAAGAUGAAGUUGAAGGCAGGACGGAAUUGUAAAAAGAGUAGCUGCAGGGGCCACUGCUGUGGUUGGCCAACACCUGGACACUAGUCAUAGUUGAAGCGAAACAAUGUAAAGCAGAAUAAACUACAGUAGAGCAAAGUAUAGUAAAGUGAAAGAAGGUGAAGUGAAGUCGAAGUGAAACGCAGUGCAGGAAGUAAUGAAAUAUGAAAAGUUAAGCAAAUCGCAGCAGAGCAGCAAAUGAAUGCGUUCUAUUCAGGGAAUUAAAGGAAAUAAUGUGAAUUUGAAAAGAAAAACAAAAGCAAACAUAAAAAACAUAACAUAAACAUAGAAUUGUAGAACAAAGAAGUACAUAAAAAUAUAGCAAAUGCUUUUAGUGAAUGGGAAAUGCGAAAUGGAAAGCGUUAGAUAAUGGAAAACGUACGGGAAUCGCAGAAGCGGGAAAGAUGAGAGAAUAAAAAGAAACACACACACAGCAACAUACCAUACAAUUUUACUACUUUAUAUACAUUAAACUCAGGUGCCUUUUUGAUAGUCAAAUAAGUUGUUAUUAAAUAUAUACUUUAUUGUAUUUAUCUUUAUAUAUAUAUAUACUUACUAUGUGUAUAUGUAAAUAUGUUCAUAUGUAUUGACAUACCUGCAUAUAGAAAUAAAAAACAAAAACAAAAAAACGUUGCAAGGAAAUGUGCAAAUAAAGCAAAGCAAAGCAAAAUAUUUACUAAAUGAAUUGAUAAAAAACUACUUAAUUUUAAUUUUAUAUUUUAUUUUAUUUUACUUACAAUAUUUGUACAGAAUGUACCUUUUAAAUUGAAAUGUUGAAAAUUGCUAAAUAAAGUAACAAGGAAUUAAAGCAAA